UUCGUAUUUCUCUUUUUUCGUUCAAUUUCUGACAUUUGAACGUGCUGUCAAUUUGUCUCCUGUGAUUUUAGGUUAUUUCGGAUAUCGAAAAUAUUAUAUUGAAAAUUCGACCCAGUCCUGGACUAAAUCAAAAUACCGGAAAUAGCAAAGAUGACAAGGGCUAGCAUAGAAUUAGGCGAUGUAACCCCCCACAAUAUCAAGCAGUUGAAAAAGCUGAACACGGUCGUAUUCCCCGUGACUUACAAUGACAAAUUCUACAUCGACGUCCUGGAGGCGGGCGAGCUAGCGAAAUUAGCUUAUUACAAUGAUAUCGUUGUGGGAGCCGUCUGUUGCCGCAUCGCCAAUUCGGAUAACCAGCGCCGCCUGUACAUCAUGACGCUGGGGUGCCUGUACCCCUACAGGCGGCUCGGCAUCGGCACAGUCAUGUUCAAUCACAUUCUCAACUAUGUGGAGAAGGACGGAAACUUCGACAGCAUUUUCUUACAUGUACAAGUAAACAACAACGGAGCCAUAGCUUUCUAUAAAAAAUUUGGUUUUGAGAUUGUUGAAACAAAGGAAAACUAUUAUAAACGUAUCAAACCAGCUGAUGCUUAUGUAUUGGAAAAAACGUUACGACCUAAAAGUGAAUGUAAUAAUAUCGAUCAUAAUAAUGGUCCCGUCAACUCACACGAUUCUGAUAAAAGCAAGGCGAAGUCUUAAUUUUACACAAUAAAAAAAUGUAAGAAAAUUAA